AUGGUUUGGGUCCGGUCCUUCCUUCACGGAUUGCCCAGACCUUUCCGUUCACCCUGCGCAGAAAUUGACACCUCCGCAGCUGGCUGGAUGUCGAAGUCCCUCGGUGCAGCCGCGAUGUCGACCACGGAAGGGCGCAUGAGUUACAAGGAGAUCCUAAAGCGUGUCUCCUUUGCGAUCAACCGCUACCUGAGCUACACGAAGCUCGAGCUCACGGAGGACUACGAUCCGCGCGAUCCCUCGUUGACGCUGCAGCCGCACGAGCACGUGAUGUCAUGUCUGGACUCGCUGAGCACCGUGGCGGUGCGCAUGGGUAUGGUCGAACAGUUCCCGAACUUGCGGAACAACUACUCGCUCUUGUUCGACUAUCCCACCAUGGAAUGCCUGGCACGAGCACUCUAUGAGGGAGAUGACCAGCUGGAGCGUUUGCAGAAAUCCGACGUUCCACCGAUGAAGCCAGCACCGUGGGCGGAGCCGGUCGCGACGCUGGAACCGGAGCUCAAGCCCGAACUGCAGCCGUUCACACAGCUGACUGAGCUGAAAGCGAAAAGCUGGUCGGAUGCUCUCUACUCGGAGACCUUGAUAGAAGAGCGCUUCGUUCGGCAAAGCGACGGCAUGGAAUGCAUCCUGAUCCCAAGCGCAGAUGUUCACAUCGGUGGCGGCACUGCAGAAGCCGCACGGUGCAAUGAACAGCCAACACAUCCUGUGAGGCUCAAGAGUUUCUUGAUGGAUAUCGAACCCGUGAGCGUUGGAGCUUACGUGCGCUUCUUGAACCUGGCUUCUCCACCACCCACUGAAGCUCAGCUACUGGACUGGUGCCUCUUGCCACUCUCCGAUCGGAGGAACCUCCACGUGCCAGUGGCCCGGUAUGGCAAUCGCUGGGAAGUGAAGGAGGGUGUGCCGGUGAACUGGCCCAUGAUCUUGGUCUCCUGGUAUGGUGCCAAUGCAUACUCCCUCUGGGCGCAUGGCAAAGAUUGGCAUGACUACAAGACAGCCACAGCUGGCUUCUUGCCCAGCGAGGCCCAAUGGGAGUACGCAGCACGCGGCGAGACGCCCCGCAGCUUUCCUUGGGGUGACAAAGCUGAUCCCGAGCUGCUCAACGUCUGUUGGGAGGCAACCCUGCACGCGGAUGAAGCCUUGAACUCCAAACCUUUGCGGGAGUUGCCGCUGAAAGCGGUGAACCUCCGUAUGGGACACAAUCCUUUCGGUCUUCGCGGCAUGGCGGGGAACGUUUGGCAGUGGUGCCGCGACACCUACGACCCCGACUUCUAUUGUACCCCCCAGGCGCGUCUUCCCGACGCCUGGAACGACGGCGCUGGCAUACGACGCUCCGAGCGCGGCGGGAGCUGGGUUGGAGGAGCGCACAUGGCACGGAGCAGCUACCGCCGGGGCCGGUGCCCCGAAGCCAAGGGUCGCUGCUUGGGCUUUCGCUGCUGCGCGCCUCCAGCGCUGCUGGAUGCCUCCACGACCACGGGGGACGCCUCCAGCCACACGAGCACCGAUCCGGCCUUGCGGACCUUGCCUAUCACCGCACGAGACGCCGAGGCGCGGCCCUUGGUGCAGUCCGAUGGCCCAGCUGCUCCUGGACCCGAGGAGUCGAAAGAUGAAACCUGGGACUGCUCCAUCACCACGAGCUCGUCCAUGUUCUUCCAGAUGACGAUGUCCGUCACCUUGGGUGUCUUCAUCUACGAGGGCACGGCUUACAACCUGAUGUUCCUCGGACGGGUUUUGCCGUCGGUGGGCAAGGCGGACUUUGUUCCAUUCUUCUUCUUGCUCUUCAAUGCCAUUUGGGGGAUGGCGCUCGUGGCCUACAUCCGCUCCUUCGCCACUGGACCGGGCAAGGUGCCCUUCAGCUGGCAUGAGUUCGUGCGGGAAGUCGGCCCGGCCCUGCCAGUGGUGCCUUCCACGGCGCGCUGGGCUCCGGGCAAGGCGACCUUCUGCCGGAAAUGCAGCAUCCCUCGACCUGAGCGCGCACACCAUUGCAAUGUUAGCGGCUUUUGCGUGCUCCGCAUGGAUCACUACUGCCCCUGGAUCAACAACUGUGUUGGCCUUGGCAACUAUAAGUUCUUCCUUCAGCUAGUGAUCUACGGCAGCUUCGCCUCUUUCGUGGGCAUCGCCACGAGUCUCCCGGAGUUCGUGCUCUGCGUGGGAAAGAUUUGCGGCUUUGAAAGCGAUGCCUGGAAGGAAGACUUGCAGAUUACCGACAUGGUGGCCUUCUUGAUGUUCGAAGGCUUGGCAAUCUUCCUCUGCGUGCUGCUGGUACCCAUGCUGUGUACCCAUGUGCCCUUGGCUUGCAACAACAUGACCGCCAUCGAGGGCAACUACUCCAACAUGAGCAAUCCCUACGAUCUGGGAAGCAAGAUGGCCAACCUGGAACAGAUCCUGGGUUCCUUUGGGCCCGACUGGUUCUUUCCGGUGAAGCCCUUUGAUCCCAAGGGCGAUGGCGUCUCCUUUCCACGUUGGGAUGAGCCGAUGGGCCCGGAUCAGCGUCCCUUAGCAGAUGAAGAGGUCUUGCAGGGUGACCAACUCUGGCGAGUUCGUUAUCAGGUCCGCGCGCCGGUGCGCCCCAACCCGCAAGAGCAAGAGUUCGACCCUUUGCGCACGCUCACACAAUGGUUCAAUGGCGUGGAUCAAGAUCCUCACGAUUUGACGAGCCCAGUCAGCCAUCAGAUGGGCUGCGUGAAUUGA